AUGGGUUAUCAUAAUAUUAAUGACCCUGAUGAACAAGUGAAGAAAGACACAUGUAAAUAUAUUUUUUCUUUAGAAGAGAAUAACAAAUUGUUAAAAUAUAAAAACAUUGUUAAGGAGAAAAAAGAAUUAGAAAAAAUAGUAUAUCAAAAAAUAAAAAUAUAUACAAGUGAAAAAUAUAUAUAUGUAUUUUAUAUGAUAUACAAUUAUUCAUUUCAAAGAGGUGAAAUAUGGAAAGUAAAUAAUAUUAAAAUGAAGAAUUUUAAUACAAAAAAUUCUGAUCAUAUAUAUGAUAACCAAAUUAGUAAUAUACAUAUAAAAUGUCCUUAUAAAAAAAAAAAAAAAAGUUAUUAUUAUAUAUAUUGUAGUUCAAAAAAAUAUUCUCUUCCAAGAAUAUAUAAUGUCUUUUCAGGUUUACUAUGCUGUCAGAAAAAGGAAGAAAAUCAUAUACAUGUCAAAAAAAAUAUAUACGAUUAUAUCAAUAUUGUAUAUCUUAAAGAUAUUAUAAAUCAUAAAGUUCUUACGAAUCACCAAAAUAUUAACGUUUUACUUUUUGAUGAAGAUCACAGUGAUAUAUUUAAAAGAGAUUUCGAAAUUAUUAGUAAGCAUGAUAAAAAAAAAUAUAUCCAUCAGAUAGAUUAUCAUGAAUCAAUAAAACCAGAAUAUAUAAACAUGAAUAAAUUACCAAUAAAUUAUGACAUGCAAAAUAAAAUGUUAAUAAAAAAUGUAACAGGAGAAAUCACAUUAAACGAACAUAAGAAAAAAAUAUAUAACCAUUCUCAUUAUCGUUUUUCAAAUGCAUGUAACAUGAAAUAUUCUAAAUAUAAUGAUCAUGAUGAAGAUAAUAAAUAUAGAUAUGAUAUGUAUAAAAAUAAAAUAAAUAAAUUUCAAUCAAGCGAACCUUUUUUUAAUAGAACAAAUAAUUACAAUGUAACAACAAUGUCAGAAAAAGCAUACCAAGACACAUUUCAAAAAAAUCAAGAACAUAACAAAAAUUUUUUUAUGAAUAAUAAUUGGAAUAAAAUAUAUAAUAAUAAUAAUAAUAAUGAAGAGGGAGAUGAUGUAGAAUCUAUUCAUAUAAAUAAUAAUCUGUUAAAUAAUAUACCAUAUAAUAUCAAUAAAGAAAAGAUUAAUAUCUCAUUAGAUAUUAAAAAAAAUAAUGAUUUACAAGAAAAUGCAUUAGUAAGAAACCAAAAUUAUCUUCCAAAGAUGUUUCAAUAUGAAAUUGAUGAAAACGAAAGAUAUUUAACAUUCCAAACAUCAAGAAGUAUAUCACCUGAACAGGUAGAAGGUCAUCAAAAUGAAAUAAUAAAUAAACACAUACAUUCUAGUAUAGAUAAAAAGAAUAUGGAAGAAGAGAAUUCAUCAACAAAUACAGACAAUAACAUAAAGAAAAAUAUCUCCGAUGAUGAUGAUGAUAAGCAUGAAAAAAAGAAAAAGAAAAAAAAAAAAGAAAAAAAAAAAAAAAAAAAAAGCAUUGCAAGGAAACAAAAAUGGAAAAAUAAUAAAAUUUUGGAAGGUAAUAUGAAUAAUGAAAUGGAUCAACAAAUAAAUGAACAAAUAAAUGAACAAAUAAAUGAACAAAUAAAUGAACAAAUAAAUGAACAAAUAAAUGAACAAAUAAAUGAACAAAUAAAUGAACAAAUAGAUUAUCGGACCAAUUUCUUUAUGCCAGAUCAUAUGAAAUUUUUUAUGAUGCCUGAAAUAAAUGUUACAAAAGAAAAAGAUGAUGAUCCAAAUAAUAAAUCAUGUGAAGAAAAUAACUCUUCUACACAUAUAACAAAUCUUAAAAAGUCAGUUAUAAAAAACACCAAAAAAAACCGAAAUGGACAAGUAUUUUAUCAUAAACAUAUAUAUGAGAAAAAUAAAGGAUUGGUAUAUAAUUUAAAAAAUGAAAACAUAAAAGAAACUGUCAUAUUACACAAAAAAGAAAAAAAAAAAAUUGAUUCAGAUAAUGCAUCUACAAUUCUAAUAAAACAUAAUAAAGGUACAUGUAAUCCAUGUGCUAAUUAUUUUUUUCAUUUUUCAGGAUGUUUUAAAGGAAACCAAUGUACCAAAUGUCAUCAUGAUUAUCAUAAAAAUCAUGAAGAUCCUUUACAUCCUUCUAAAUUAUUACAUAAAAAAAAUAUAUGUGUUCCUUGUGAAAACUAUUUUAAAAAACAAUGUAAGAUGUCAAUUCCUGUCUGUAUAUAUUGUCAUGAUGAUUCUCAUAAAAUAGAAUAUACAGAAAUAAUAAAAAAAAAUGUACAUACACAAGAUAAAAAACAACUUCUUCAUGUAAAUCCAUCUUUAUAUAUAAAUCAAGAAGAACACAUACAACAUAUCUGCCACCCAUGUGAACAUUAUUUUACAAACAAUAAAACGUGUUUAAAUAAAUAUAACUGUUAUAAGUGUCAUCAUAAAGAUCAUGCAGAUAUUCAAUCAUUUUAUCAUCCUUCAAAUUUUUUACAUUACAUUAAAAAAUGUUCUCCAUGCAAGGAUUAUAAAGAAGGCUUAUGUAAGAAAAUUUCUUAUCAGUGUAUCUAUUGCCACAAUCAUGAUCACUUAAACGAAGGUAUGGAGGAAAGACAAACAUUAAAGGAGGAGGAAAAAUUGAAAGAGGAACAGAUAUUAAAGGAAGAAGCAAGAAUAAAAGAAGAGGAAAGAUUAAGAGAGAAGAAGAGAUUAAAGGAGGAAAGAUUAAGAGAAAAGAAGAGAUUAAAGCAAGAAAAGAGAAUUAAAAAGGAAGAAGCAAGAAUAAAAGAAGAGGAAAGGUUAAAGGAGGAGGAAAGAUUAAAGGAGGAGGAAAGAUUAAAGGAGGAGGAAAGAUUAAAGGAGGAAAGAUUAAAGGAGGAAAGAUUAAGAGAAAAGAAGAGAUUAAAGCAAGAGAAGAGAAUUAAAAAGGAACACAGAUUAAAGGAAGAAGCAAGAAUAAAAGAAGAGGAAAGAUUAAGAGAGAAGAAGAGAUUAAAGGAGGAAAGAUUAAGAGAGAAGAAGAGAUUAAAGGAAGAGAAGAGAAUUAAAAAGGAAAACAGAUUAAAAGAAGAAGCAAGAAUAAAAGAAGAAGAGAGAUUAAAGGAAGAAGCAAGAUUAAAAGAAGAAGCAAGAAUAAAGGAAGAAGCACGAAUAAAAGAAGAAGCAAGAAUAAAAGAAGAAGCAAGAUUAAAAGAAGAAGAAAGAUUAAAAGAAGAAGAAAGAUUAAAAGAAGAACAGAGAUUAAAAGAAGAGGAAAUUUUAAGAGAAGAGCAGAAAUUAAAGGAAUUGGAAAGAUUAAAAGAAGAAGAGAGAUUAAAGGAGGUGUUAAGAUUAAAAGAAGAAGAGAGAUUAAAGGAGGUGUUAAGAUUAAAAGAAGAAGAGAGAUUAAAAGAGGUGUUAAGAUUAAAAGAAGAGGAGAGAUUAAAGGAGGUGGAAAGAUUAAAAGAAGAGGAGAGAUUAAAGGAGAUGGAAAGAAUAAAAAAAGUGGAGAGAUUAAAGGAGGUGGAAAGAAUAAAAGAAGUGGAAAGAAUAAAAGAAGUGGAAAGAAUAAAAGAAGUGGAAAGAAUAAAAGAAGUGGAAAGAAUAAAAGAAGAGGAGAGAUUAAAGGAGGUGGAAAGAAUAAAAGAAGAGGAGAGAUUAAAGGAGGUGGAAAGAAUAAAAGAAGUGGAGAGAUUAAAGGAGGUGGAAAGACUAAAGGAAGAGGAAAGAAUCAAAGAAGAGGAAAGAAUCAAAGGAGAGGAAAGAAUCAAAGAAGAGCAAAGGUUAAAAGAAGAAGAGAGAUUAAAAGAAGAAAAGAGAUUAAAGGAAGAAGCAAGAAUAAAAGAAGAGAAAAUUUUAAGAGAAGAGCAGAAAUUAAAGGAAGAGCAUAGAUUAAGAGAAGAGAACAGAAUCAAAGAAGAGGAAAGAUUAAAGGAGGAAAAAAGGUUAAAAGAAGAAGAAAAAGAAAGAUAUAUAGAAACAGAAAGACUAAGAGAAAAAGAAAGAUAUAUAGAAAGCGAAAGACGACGAGAAAAAGAAAGAUAUAUAGAAAGCGAAAGACGACGAGAAAAAGAAAGAUAUAUAGAAAGAGAAAGACGAAGAGAAAAAGAAAGAUAUAUAGAAAGAGAAAGACGAAGAGAAAAAGAAAGAUAUAUAGAAAGAGAAAGACGAAGAGAAAAAGAAAGAUAUAUAGAAAGAGAAAGACGAAGAGAAAGAGAGGGAAUUAUAGAAAGAGAAAGACUAAGAGAAAAAGAAAAAGAAAGAGAACAGGAGAGAAUAAAUCUGGAAAGAUUAAAGAAAGAAUCAAGAAUUAAAGAGAAAGAGAGGUUAAAAGAAGAAGAAAGAUUAAAGGAAGAAGCAAGAUUAAAGGAAGAAGCAAGAAUAAAAGAGGAAGAGAGAUUAGAGCAGGAAGAAAAAUUAAAGGAAGAAGCUAAAAUUAAAGAGCAAGAGAGAUUAAAGGAAGAGGCAAGAAUGAAAGAAGAAGAGAGAUUAAAGGAAGAGGCAAGAAUGAAAGAAGAAGAGAGAUUAAAAGAAGAGGCAAGAAUAAAAGAAGAAGAGAGGUUAAAAGAAAUGGCAAGAAUGAGAGAAGAAAAGAAAUUAAAGGAAGAAGCAAGAAUUAAAGAGCAAGAGAGAUUAAAAGAAGAGGAAAGAAUAAAAGAGGAAGGGAGAUUAAAGGAGGAAUCACGAAUUAAAGAGCAAGAGAGAUUAAAAGAAGAGGAAAGAAUAAAAGAGGAAGUGAGUUUAAAUGAGGAAGACAAAUUAAGAGAAGAGAAGAGAUUAAAGGAAGAGGCAAGAAUAAAAGAAGAAGAAAGAUUAAAGGAGGAAGAAAAAUUAAGAGAAGAGAAGAUAUUUAAGGAAGAGACGAGAAUAAAAGAAGAAGAGACAUUACACAAGGAAGAGAUAUUAAAGGAAGAGGGGGAUUUAAAAGAAGAAGAAAAGUUAAAGGAAGAAGAAAGAUUAAAAGAAGAGAGAUUAAAAGAAGAAGAAAGAUUAAUGGAAAUUAAAAUGGAAAAACAAAGAGAAAUAUUAAAAAUAAUAUUGAGAAAUAAAAUAAAAAAAAGGGAACAGGAGAGAGAAAUGGAAAUACAACAAAAAAGAAAAAAACGCAUAGAGAAAAAUAAAAUAAUCCAAAAUUUUAUAGAAAUAAACAACAGUAAUAAUAUAUGUCAUAAUAAUAUAUAUCAUAAUAAUAUAUGUCAUAAUAAUAUAUGUAGUAAUAAUAUAUAUCAUAAUAAUAUAUGUAAUAAUAAUAUAUAUCAUAAUAAUAUAUAUUAUAAUAAAUAUAAAUAUGAUAAUAUACAAAAUUUUAAUAGAAAUAUAACUUUAUAUGAAAACAAAACGAAUAUAUCUUUACAUAUAAAAGAUCAAAAUUUAAAAAGAGAAAGCGAAAUCAAUAAUACAUAUUAUUUAUUAAAUAAUGUAGGAUAUAUAAAAGCAAAUACAUAUGAUAUGCCUAAAAAAAAUAUCCACAACAAUUUAUGUGAUAAUAAAAAUAAUAAAGAACUUGUGGGAUCAGAAUGUAAUUUAAGCACGAAUAAUAAUAAAGAUAGACAUUUAAAUAAUUGUAACACAUCUAAUGAUAUAUAUAAAAAUUAUUCUCCUAACAAAGAUACAGAUAUUUUAAGAGAGAAAAAUGUUUUUAUAAAAAAUAAUUUACAAGAAGAAAAAGAAGAUAAGUUGAAUAAAAAGAGUGAAGACUUAAAGGUUCAAGAAAAUUCUAAUAAUACAAAAGAGACCAAUUCCAUAAAUGAUUUUAACGAUUUAAAAAAGAAUGAAGAGAAAAAUAAAAAUAAUAUUGGAACAAGCAUACAAAACAUAUCAGAUGAUAUAUGUAAUAAUAAAUGUAAUGAUAAGCUCAAUAAAGAAAAAAACAAUGAUAAAUCCUUAUUAAAAGUAGAUAAGAUUGAUUAUAAAGAAAUAAAGUGUUGUAAUACAAAUAAUGAUAAUCUGAAAAAUGGAAAUGUGAACAACACUUCUGAUUAUAAAUAUAAUAAGGAUAUAAAAAAUAAGGAUCCCAAAGAAAAUAAUUAUGUAAAUGUAUCACUAUAUAAUCAUGAUAAAUAUAAACAAAAUAAUAACAAUAAUAAUAACAAUAAUAAUAAUAACAAUAAUAUUAAUAACAAUAAUAAUAAUAAUAAUAAUGCACAAUUUAUUCAUAAGAACACAUCAACUAAUGAAAAUUUACUUGCAUUUAAAAAACAACAACAAUUCAAACAACAUACAGAUAUUUUAAAUAAUAAUAUUAAGAAAGAAAAUGUAAAUGGUAUAUAUAAAGAAUUUAAUGUCAAUGGAAAUAUUAAAAAUAUGAUGUAUGAAAACAAUUAUAAUCAAGGAAUAAAUAGAAAAAGGAAUUUAUAUUCAACAUUUUAUAAAUCAAUAACAGAUACAGAAUGGAAUCAAAAUAAAAAUGCAAUUAAUAUAAAUAAUAAAAAUACAAUUAAUGUAAAUAAUAAAAAUACAAUUAAUGUAAAUAAUAAAAAUACAGUUAAUAUAAAUAAUAAAAAUAGUAGUAUAAAAGACACGUCAACCAUUUGUAGAAGUGAUAACUUUAUAAAUUCAUUAAAUCAUAACAAGGAAAAUAAUAUUACUAGCCAAAAUAAUAACUAUGGUGUUCAUAUAUAUAAUACAUUAGAUAAAGAUACAAAAUAUAAAGACACUAAAAAGGAUAUAAUACAUAAUACUAUGAUGGAUAAUAAUAAAUAUGUCGCGAGAUAUAACACAAUUAACAAAUAUAAUAACAGUUAUAUAACAAAUAGAACUUAUAAUAAUUAUAUUAAUAAUAAUAAUAAUUAUUAUUAUUAUAAUACACAUCAAAAAUAUAAUCUUUAUAAUUAUGCACAUUAUGAUCAGCUUAAUUUAAAAAGAAGAAAAACAUAUGCUAAUGACAAUAAGCAAAUGUGA